CAAAAAUAUCAAAUCAUAUCAAACCAAAAAAUUAAUCGCAAACUCUGGUGUUUUUCUUUCAGAUUGGUCUGUCUUAUCAUUGCUUCAGUGAUUGCAGUGGCUUUGUUAUUGUUAAUGCGUGUGAUUUGGUGUCACAAAUGCAUGUUUAAUGGUAAUUGCUAUGGUAAAGCAGCAGUGGCAACAGAUGCAGAAACUUGCUCAGACAUUGGAAGGGAUAUCCUGCAACGUGGGGGUUCAGCAGUGGAUGCUGCUAUCGCCGCUCUGCUGUGUGUGAGUGUGAUUAACCCACAGAGUAUAGGUAUUGGAGGAGGAGUGGUGUUCACCAUAUACAAUGCAUCAACAGGAAAGGUGGAGACAAUUAAUGCUCGAGAAACUGCGCCAAUGAGUGCUACAGCAGACAUGUUUGACAAUAACAACAAUAAUACAAAACCAGGAUUAUUAAUAGCUGUACCAGGAGAAUUGCGUGGUUAUAAACUGGCACACGACAGGCAUGGUAGACUGGAAUGGAAAGAGCUGUUUAAGCCCAGUAUAAAGCUGGCACGGAAGGGAUUUAAGAUUGGCAAAGCCCUGGCUGACGCCAUCAAAGAGGAAGAAGAUAAAUUUCAGAAAAAUACAACACUGUGUGAAGUGUUUUGUGAUGCAGACUAUAACCUUCCGAAGAUAAAUGACUAUAUAAGAUUUUCCCAACUUGCUGCCACCUACAGGAAGAUAUCAGAAGAAGGACCUGAUGCAUUUUACAAUGGGUCCCUGACUCAGAGCAUAGUGGAUGAUAUCAGAGCUGCAGGAGGAAACAUCACACGUAAGGACCUAACGGAUUAUGAGCCAGUGCUGACAGAGUCUGCAAUAAACUUUAAUGUCGGGAAAUACAUAUUUCAUGCUCCUGGUGCUCCAUUCGGUGGACCCGUGCUCACUCUUAUAAUGAAAAUUCUCCUGGGCAACGGUACAAAAGGUUUUUCAGGUUUCAACCUCUCAAAGAAAAGUGUGUCCACAACCAAAAAUAAGACUUUGACCUACCACCGCAUAAUAGAGACUUUAUGCAUAGCUGAUGUAGAGAAGACUAAACUGGGAGACCCACUUAAACAACCAAUUGUCAAUGAGGUUGUCAAAAACAUGAUCUCAGACAGCUUUGCGGACCACAACAGGAGUGAGAUUGAUGACAGCAUUGCAACAGCCUGCAACAAGUCUAACAAUGUCUCUAAAUCUGUACCUGAUGACAGCGGCACAUCUCAUGUGUCUGUCAUCGAUGCAGAAGGCAAUGCAGUGGCGGUGACCAGCAGCAUUAAUAACUAUUUCGGUUCUGGUGUGAUGUCAGAGUGUACAGGCAUUAUAUUUAAUGACCAGAUGAAGGAUUUCACGGACAAUGAACAUAACAGAAUUGAAAAAGGUAAAAGACCACUGUCAUCAAUGUGUCCCACAAUAAUACUGGAUGAAGAGAAAGAAAAUAGUGAAAAAGUCACAAUGGUGGUUGGAGCUGAAGGAGGGACGAACAUCACUACAGCUGUUGCUCAGGUGAUCCUGAACUACCUGUACUUUGAUUAUGACCUAAAGGAUGCUGUUAAUGCUUCCAGAGUUCAAAUCAAGAACAAUGUGACAAAUGUGGAGCCAGGAUUUGAUAAGGAUGUGAUUAAAGGUUUGGAGCAGAAGUAUCAUGUUAUAGGCAACAAAACUGAAGUUUCAGUGGUUCAGGUGAUUGAUCGAGAAAAGGACAAAGUCUGUGCUGUGUCUGACCACAGGAAAUAUGGCAAUCCUGCUGGAUACUGACCACUGCUGAUGUGGUCAACAGUGUUUUUAUGUCAAAUGAUCAUCAAGUAAGAGCUCCAGAAUAGUUUGUUUGGGUGUUUUAGAUGCUAUUAAAAAGGGUCUAAAAUUAACACUCAUCAAGCAACAAAUUUUCUUGGCAAUCUAGUUAAAUACUAGUUUAUUUUGUACAGAAAAAUAUAUAUAUUAUUAUUACCACUAUUAUUAUUUACUCUCUUCACAGUAAAUAUUCUGCCCCAACCCAACAUCAUUAUCGCUUUCAGAAUGAAGAUGAAAUAAUACACAUACAGUUUAAUGGCAUGUUAAAAUAUCCAUAUGGUACAUUUUUUUACAGAGCAAAUCAGUGGCCAUUGGCACGUGCAGCAAAAUGUUAGUUUUAGGCCCAGCUAAUAAAACUGGAGCAGUUAAUCCACCUUAUAUUAUAUCACAAAUAUUCUAUAAAUGUUUCUGAUUUUUGUAGUAUACUAAUCUAGCUGUUUUAUUAUGUUGUAAGUCUGAUAGUAGGCAUUGCAAAAAUAUAUAAAUAAAGUUUUCUGUUAGUCUAUUCA